AUGGGAAUAUCCGGACUGCUACCAGCUCUUAGGUCCAUUCAGACCAUCAAACACUUGUCUGAAUUCUCUGGCAAGACUGUGGCAAUCGACGCGUAUGCUUGGCUGCACCGUGGUGUAUAUUCAUGUGCUACUGAAUUGGCUAAUGGAACACAAACAAGCAAGUAUGUACGAUACGUGAUGGAAAGAAUCCGGAUUUUGCGUCGGCACAACAUUGAACCCUACGUUGUCUUUGAUGGUGGCCACCUUCCUGCCAAACAGGGGACCGAAGUUACUCGAAAGCAGAAGCGAGAGGAGAACCUUGCGCUCGGGAAAGCCCUUGCCGCCAAAGGAAAGCACUCUCAGGCGCGAGAAUUUUAUGUCAAAUGCGUAGAUGUGACCCCGCAAAUGGCGUUUCAGGUGAUAAAGGCGCUGCGAGCAGAAAAUGUUAAAUACACUGUAGCGCCCUACGAGGCUGACGCACAAAUGGCCUACCUGGAGCGCACUGGCUACGUCGAUGCCAUUGUCACGGAAGAUUCUGACAUGCUCGUCUUUGGAUGCAAGAAUGUUUUGUUCAAACUUGACACAGUUGCUAACACCGUCGUCUCUAUAUCUCGCUCCGACUUCGCAUCCGUUACUGCCAGUGGCCUGGACUCUCAUGGAAUCUCGCUAGUUGGAUGGUCUGAUGCCCAGUUUCGCGCCAUGGCCAUCUUAAGUGGGUGUGACUACCUCCCCAAUAUUCCCGGAAUCGGUUUAAAAACAGCGUGUUCACUGCUGCGGCGAUGGAAAACUGUUGAUCAGGUCGUGAGGAUGCUUGCAAUUGAAGGCAAAAAAUCAGUGCCUCGGGGAUAUUUGGAUAGUUUCAAGUUGGCCGAAAAAUGCUUUCUGCAUCAAAGAGUUUACGAUCCGUCGCUUGAGAGGCUGGUACACUUGACCGACGUUGAUGAUGAGUGGAACGGGGAACUAGAUGCUCAUGUGGGCCGGUGA